UCAUGUGACUCAUCACAGCAUCAGAAUAGACAAGAAUUCACUGUGAGCUUCACAUCUCAUUACAGCUAAUGGACCAAUCAAAUCAGUCCACAGCUUCAAAACAUCCAAUCAGGCGUGAGUCUGGACCUGGUUUUCUACUGAACACACAAGUUCAUUACCUCACUAUCACUUUGUCUAAACAGGAACGAUGAUCACACUCUUUGUGGCUCUUUACUCUCUGCUUUGUCUCUGCACAACUGGAAACACUUCUGACAUCAAGGAGUUUCAAGUAAAAACAGUAAAGCGUGGACAAGCUGUAACUAUGGAGUGUAACGUCAAAAGCAGAAGUAAUUUAGCUUGGUACAGACAGAGUUUUGGAAAAGUGCCUCAGGUUUUUGCGAGACAGUACGGUGGCCCUCCUGGCUACCUAUUUUUUGAGGGAUUUAUUGAUAACCGCUUCAGUGUUACUGUAAAAGACCAAAAGUUUGAUCUCAACAUUAAUGAAACAAGAGAAGAUGAUGGAGGAGAAUAUUUCUGUGGAUAUGUGGACGGAAGUACAGUAAAGUUCACAUCUGGAACACGUCUGCAGUUUGAAGGUGAAGAGAUGAAACCCUGUCCUACACCUGGAACACUUAACAAGAACACACACUCUGUUACACACCAGGGUUCAAACAGCAGAGAUGGAGAAGGUAAAGAGAUGAAACCCUGUUCUACACCUGGAACACACGACAUCACACCUCCUGAUACAGGUUCCAGCUCUACUGAUCAGAUGCGUGUGCUGUUCUGGCUCUCUGUUUCUAGAGUUGGAGUUCUUGUCUUCAUUAUUUUUCCAACGAUGCUGAUUGUUUACAAAUUAAAAUACAAAUUUUCAUAAAAUGGAAGAAAUACUGAUAGUCUGUUAGAUUUAACUAAAGCUAUUCACUAUGAAAAGGGUUAAAAUGUUUUUUAUUUAUGAUUUGAUAUAUAAUCUGGUGUUUACAAUAGACUUAAAAAUACAAUGACAUCAGUGUGAACCUGCAGAAUACCUGUGAUUUAUUUAUCUUUUCCCUUUUCAGACAGUGAUGUACUUAAAUAUGUAUAGAAGAGCAUUUCAUUCAGCAAAGUGCAAAUAACAUUUCUAAAAAACAUUCAUUCCUCAAUAAUAUUUUAUUGUUGUUGUUUUAAUGUUAUUACUGAUUGGUGUUUCUUACUGUAACUUUGGGCUGCUUUUACUAGUAGUUCUGUAAUCACUUCAUUUCAACAUGUAUUACUCCCUGAUACUAUAUUAAUAAGAAAUCUUGAGAGGAAGCAGACUGAGAAGAGAACUCAUCCUUAUCUGGGUGUCAGCAGGUUAUAAAUAACUUCUCAUCUAGAACUGUAUACUAUAAUGUCACAAAUGCAGAAAAAUUCAGGAACUUGUGAGUUUAUGAGAAACUUCUGAAUAUCAGCAUUCGGUCAGUCAUUUCUGAAUUCAUUAGAGUUUUAAUUUAAAACUAAGUUGUGUUGCAGUUAUCAACUGUUGAGUAAUUUGAGUUAAGCCUGUUUGUAUCAUUUGCAGUUCUGAGGUUCUCCAACAUCACAGCAUAUUUAUGGUUUCCAUGUGGUUCCAUCAAAUUUCGGGUGUCCUCAUGAGGCCUUACCAACUGUAAGAGAUGUUUAGAUGAUGAGAACUCCAACCAGAAGUAAGGCAUCAGGGUGGUUCAAUCAGGUCAAGAAAACCAAAACCUCAGGAGUAGCGCGUGAAGUGAUCCAGACCCCCUAUGUCCUCUGGACCUGUCUGACUCGUCCUGGUGUCCCUCUUCUUCUGGUUGGAGAUCUCGUCACAUGGAUGCCCCGUGUGGUCUGUCUGGGAUGUGUGUGGUGACUGGGGACGGUUCCACUUGAAGACGGUCCUGUCCUUGGCUGAUGCAGACAGCUGUUCUCUAAGGACUCGUGACUUCAGUCACUCGAUAGUCCAGGACUGGAGUUUCCUACAGUCUACCUGAGCCUCCAAUAACGAACUGGACUCCAUAUGAACUUAACCCUCAUGAUGUGUUCCAGUUUCCUCUCUAAAAAAGUGCAGUAAAUUUUAUUCAUUUCUCAUGAGGUUUAAUGACUUUGUUCACACAUGGCAUUUGAACACAUCUAAUAAAUUUCAA